UGUAUGACUAUUUGUGAAGACGACGAAUAAACUUCGCAUUCAGUUUGAAUUGUGUCCUCGUAAUGAAAGGAUAUUCGUUACAUUGUUAUUAAGUUGUUAUUAUUUUGUUCAGUCUAACAAAAAAGAAGAAAAAAAGUUUUAAAACAGAAAUUAUAUAUGUAAAAUCAAAAAAUUCUAAAAAAAAUAAAAUCAAAAUAAAAGAAAAUAUUCUUUGAAUGAAAAUAAUCUAAGAAAAUAAGAUUCACACUAAAGUUUUGUUGUUUUUUUUUGUAAGAAAGAAAAGAAAGCAUCUUUAGUCUAACACUACUACAACUUACUACCACAAGCCGUAUACAAAUAAAGUUCAAAAUUUUAUUAAAAAAAAAAACAAAAUAUUUUUUUUUAUUACAAUUAAAUAAAUAAUUUAUUAUUAAAAUAAAAUUAUAUUUAAAUUAUAAUCAAAACGUACUGGCAAAGGAAAAAGUGUGAAUUAAAAAAAAGUAAUCAAAUAAAUAAAGAAUUCUUAAAAAUAAAGAAUAUAAAAAAUUAAUUAAAGUUUAAAAAAUCAAAAAAAUAAUUAAAAGAAAUUUUUUUAGUGCGCAAAUUCUUUCAUAAAAAAUUUGAAAAUAAAUAACAAAAUUAUUAACUCUCAACUAUUUCAUUGGUCUGUGAUAAGUGAAGGUCAAGCUAAAUAAAAUUUUGUUAAAAAUAUAAAAACAAAAAAAAUUUAAAUAAAAUUUUGCUCCUCUCCCUUAAACUAAAACACAAUUUUUUUUAGCAAAGUUACACAUUUAUGUUAAUUAAACAUUUAACACAAAACACAAGUGCGGUUUCAGUCUACCAAAAAAAUAAAAAAAAUUUUAAACAAAUGCGUAAAAGUUUUGGAAUUAUUGAAAUAAUAAGCAAUAUUUCCAUAAAUAAAUGAAACAAUUAUAAAACACAUAAAAACCACAUUGAAAACAAAACUAACAUAACAACAACUAAAAAAAAGUACGUGAACCAUAUACAAAAAAAAAACUUUUUGUAAAACCAAAUAUUUUAAAAACAAACAAAUAUUUAAUUAACUGCCUAAGCAAUAGUGCAAAUUAUCCCUCGAACAACACAAAAAAAAAAAAAAAGGAAAAUCAUUUAAAACUUUAAUUUUUCCAAAAAACAUCAAAUUGUUUUAAACAACAGGAAUUACUACCCCGAAAAAAAUUAAACGUAAAAUUCUUUGUUUCAUUUUCGUAUACAAAUAAUUUGUUAUUGCCAUCAACGCGAACAUUUUACCACUUUGUAAAACCACAACAUCCACAUCAACAUCAGCUACAAACGUACGUACAUUUAUACCUACAAAAAAAAAUAUAUAUACAUACAUAUAAAAACAGAUUAGUACACGUCUGCAUACAUUUACAUGUUAAAAGCAUACUACAGCUAGAAUUACGAAUAACGGCGCCUAUACCACUACUACGGCUACCAGACAACUACUAAUUCUACAGCUACUAACUACCACUGCUACUAAACAUUAUUACUUCAAUGACUGUUGUGUGUUGCAAAUAAAAUAAUAACAACACAGGAAAGCACUCGUUAAUCCCGUCUAUAGCAAAUAUAUGUACAAACUCACACACUUGCACAUUAACAUACGUGAACAUUAUAGAAUUAACAUUGUUGUUGUAAGUACAUGUGUGUAUGAAAAGUAUUACAUUGUAUAUGUGUCUAACUGUAACUUGACCGCAAAACAUCAAAAGUAUUACAAACUAAAACAACAACAAAAUUGUAGAAUACACAUCUCUAAAUAAAAAUUUAGAGCGAGAAAAAAGUAAAUAAACAAACGGUUUAACCAAAUAACAGUAAAAACGAACUAACUCCUACACAUACACCAGCUAACGCGACACAACAUCCUUGUGUAGGUGUACAGUAAACGAAUAUAAAAACAACAAGCAAAAAAAAAAAACGAAAAACAAGAAAGUUGAAAAACACAAAUUCCGAGAUAACAGAGAACCCAGUGUUGUUUAGCAAAAGCAAAGCAAAAAUGUUGGCAAUGCCCACACUCAUGAUGCCAGCCACAGCACAAAUGACGCUUAGCAGUCAACCACUAUCAGUUGGUGCCCCACAUGCUAAACCAUACGAAACUAAAUUGCUGGCCAUACAUCAGACUCAUAUAACACAGCAGCAGCAACAGCAAACGCAUCAGCAGGCCAACAAUACCAAGCAGCAACAGCAGCAACAACAACAGCAGCAGCAACAACAAAUGUCGGCUAGUAGUCAACAACAGCAACAAGCCCAACAACAGCAGCAACAACAACAAGUCGCUGCUGCCCAACAACAGGCUGUUCAACAACAACAGCAACAGGCCCAACAACAGCAUCAACAACAACAGGCGGCUGCUGCCGCUGCUGCUGCUGCUUGUAUUGCCCAACAGCAGGCUGUAGCUGUGGCUGCUGCUGCAGCUCAACAGCAACAACAAUAUCAAAUACAUUCUCAACAACAAUCACCACAACAGGCAUUGAGUGCUUCACCCAAACAAGGUAAGUGUUUUUGCUUUUUUGUUUGUUGUGUGGAAUUUUCAAAAAAUUUCAGGUUCUUCUUUUUUCUUGUUUUCUUUGCUUGUAUGUUUUUCGAUGCAAGUGACUAGAACAAAAACAAAACAAUUCAAUACCCCCACCUCUGGUUUU